AGGGGGGUCGGUAUGGAACACACGAAGCCGCUCUCCUCUAAACUCAUAUAACGUUAGCCUCAUUUGAUGCGAGAAAAUAGUCCCAAGGAGGAUGUUGAGGGGGGCACUGAUGUGGAGGAUGACGAUGAAGAUGAUGACGAAGAGGAUGAAAACGAGAUGGAUGAUUCCUUUGGAGAUGACUACUCGGCUCUUACUUUAGAUGACGGACCAGCAGUGUGUGAGAUGUGUGGUUUCAGUGGGACCAGAGACACCUUCUAUUCCAAGACCAAGCGUUUCUGCAGCGUCUCCUGCUCCAGAGCCUACUCCUCCAACUGCAAGAAGUCCUCUAUCCUGGCACGGCUGCAGGUGAGAGAGAGAAGGAAGGCAGAGGUGAUGAUCGGCCUCUAG